AUGCCUGAAACGCCUGCAGGGCCUCCCAGUGUUGAAAAUACCUCUGUUGCCUCUCCAGUUGGUUCUACUAGUCCUAAUAAAAGUGGACCCCUAGGUAAAUUCCUUGAUAAUGUUAUGGAGAACAAUCCAUAUUUCGCCGCUGGUGGUGGAUUGAUGUUAUUGGGGACUGGUCUGGCAGUUGCUAGAUCCGGGGUUGUUAGAGCAAGUAGGCUGCUAUAUCGUCAGAUGAUUGUAGAUCUAGAAAUUCAGUCUAAGGAUAAGAGUUACAGUUGGUUUUUACAAUGGAUGUCCAAUCAUCCACAUAGGAUUUCCAAGCAUUUAUCUGUGAGAACUACUUAUAUACAACAUGAUAAUGGAUCGGCUAGUACCAAGUUUGCUUUAGUACCAGGUCCUGGUAACCAUUGGAUUCGUUAUAAAGGAGCCUACAUUAGAAUCAAAAGAGAAAGAUCGGGAAAAAUGAUAGAUAUUACCAGUGGAUCUCCAUUUGAAAUUGUGACCCUAACUACAUUAUGGAGAGAUAGACAUCUUUUCAAUGAAAUCUUAGAUGAAGCUAAAGGUAUUGCCUUAAAGAGUACAGAGGGUAAAACUGUGAUUUACACAUCUUUUGGGCCUGAGUGGAGGAAAUUUGGCCAACCAAAAGCAAAGAGAGCACUGCCUUCGGUGAUCCUUGAUAAGGGAAUCUCAGGUGGAAUAGUAGAGGAUAUAAGAGAUUUUAUGAAAAAUGGUAAGUGGUAUUCGGAUAGAGGUAUCCCCUAUAGAAGAGGUUAUUUACUAUAUGGGCCACCAGGUUCUGGUAAGACAAGCUUUAUUCAGGCCUUAGCUGGUGAAUUGGAUUAUAACAUUUGUAUCUUAAAUUUGUCUGAGGGCCACUUGACAGAUGAUAGGUUAAAUCAUUUGAUGAAUAACAUGCCAGAAAGGAGUUUACUUCUACUAGAGGAUAUCGAUGCCGCUUUCAACACGAGAAAACAAUCAGGUGAGAAUGGAUUCCACUCUAGUGUUACUUUCAGUGGUCUACUAAAUGCAUUAGAUGGUGUCACCUCUUCGGAGGAGGCAAUUACAUUCAUGACCACGAAUCAUCCAGAAAAAUUGGAUCCGGCUCUUAUGAGGCCAGGUAGAAUUGAUUAUAAGGUUUACAUCGGAGAUGCUACACCUUAUCAGGUGGAAAAGAUGUUCAUGAAAUUCUACCCAGGUGAAUCUGAAUUGUGCAAACAAUUUGUCGAUAAAAUACGCAAUUUGGACAUUACUGUAAGUACAGCUCAUCUGCAAGGCCUCUUUGUUAUGAAUAAGGACCAGCCCGCUAAGGCCUUGCACAUGGCUGAUACGCUACGUAACCAAAACAAUUUCUUGUAA